GACAAAGCCGUGCGUGGAUUUUCUGUUCUCCCCAGUGAGAUACCGGUUGGAGAAACGCAGUAGCAAGAGAAGACGGGGUAGUAAUCGUGCCCAUACCUGGCCCUUCGUCGCGGAUAAGAACCCUGCAUCUUCUCUGGUACACAUAAACCGAGCGAUUAAAUGUGGAAACAGGGCUGAGGAGAGAGCGACGCGAGGGAAGGCAACACUAAAUUCUAACCGGGGUUGUGAAAUAAGUUGCCUCCCAAGCGGCGCUUUAAAAGGAAGCAGAAGAUAAUUGACCAACCAAAACAACAGAGAAGAUGGACUAUGAUUUCAAAGUGAUGCUGACCGGAGAGAGAGAACGUGUAGAGGACCUGUUUGAAUAUGAGGGAUGCAAAGUGGGAAGAGGCACCUACGGCCAUGUAUAUAAAGCAAAGAGAAAAGAUGGGUGAGUUUAUAAUGAUCUAGCCAGGAAGAAGGCCUUCAGGUCCGCCGGUCUCCAAAUAAAACUCAGUUGUCUUCGUUAAUUGCUCCUGUUUUCAAGGCCCCCUCUCCGAAUGCUAUUUGUAACUCGCAUUGCGAUGAAAAUCACUAGUAAAUUGAAGAAUCCACUGAAUACACUCAGGAGACGUCAAAUCACCUGGAGAACGGGGUCUCGAGCUCCAUGACAAAAUGUACUGUCUCGAUUUGAGCACUGACAAAAUGUACAGUCUCGAUUUGAGCACUGACAAGAUGUACUGUCUCUAUUUGAGGACUGACAAAAUGUACUGGCUCGAUUUGAGUACUGACAUCAGUGGCCCAUCCCCGUGCUAACAACGGUACAAUGUGUACGCUAAAUCCAUCAGCUAAACUUGACAUCGUGGGAUGCAGUUCGAUCAAGCAUAGUUUUUAUAAGGGAUGAAACAGAACGGGGGAUGUUGUAACAGGUCACGUGGGGGUAUUGCAGCCAGGAAACAGUUUUUGCUCUAAACCGAAUUCUGAGGAUAUAUUUCGCUAUCAGAUUAUGCUGUUAUUUUUAUAUUUCGAGAUUUUUAUCAUUUUCGCAGCAAUAUCAACAACUGAGUGAAGUAGGCCAGCCUAUCACUGACGCAGCCAAGCAAGCCAGAGGCUAACCUACGUAGCAGACGUAAAAUAAACGCCUGAAACGAGAUCCCUACAUACUGGACUUGACAAGAAGAAUAAAAAACUGUUGGGGGAGGUUCUCUUUCGCACUGUUAACCAAUCCAGUAAAUGUGGAGGAGGAGUUAAGAUGGAGUGUCUCCAUAUUAAAGAGUAACAUUUUUAUGGAGAAAAAAAGUUUAAUGGAAAACCAGAUGUUUUAGGCUUAGUUAUAGUGAAACACGUCAAUAUGGUCUUCAUUUUGACAGUUCGAUGCAAAAGUGAUAUUUUUGUAUUUUAGUAGUAACUCUUUUAGGAAUACCUGGAAUAGUAUAAAGUAAUUCUUCUUACCCCACCCCCCAUAAAAAAAAGGUGGUUGUCCCACUGGCUAUCAUAAGUUGAAUGCACCAAUUUGUAAGUCGCUCUGGAUAAGAGCGUCUGCUAAAUUGUUCUUAACUGAUUUGCCUAGUUAAAUAGCGGUUCAACUCUACCAUUGAAAUCGUGAUAGUGGCCUCUACGUCAUCUCAAGGGAGGGGUUCGGUAUGAAAUACACUACCUUCUAGUUGUGCUGGGUGGUACCACCUCAAGGCUUACUAUAAAAGUAGUUGACAGCGCACCUUAUUUGGCAAUGGUCUUGGUAAGUGGAGUGUGCCAAUAUAUUUAGCACGAUGCUUCCUUGACUAGAUGUUACACAAAAUUCAAAAGAUGGUAAGGCACAUUUCCACAUAUGACCAAAUUCAACGUUUUUGCUUACUGUUUUAUGCACAUCUAUGUGCUUUUACAAAGAGAAAAAAACAUAGGCUAUGAGGAUUAUGCUUUUAUAUUGGUGAUUGAUUGGUGGCACAGUCUACUAUGACAGUUGGCUCAUAUUUAAUGGUUGUGAGUUCUAAUCCCAUGUGGCAGAUAUCUAUUUACAAUAUUCAUCCUGUGCCCACACAUCUUCUAAUUCUGAAAAGUGAAUGCAUACAUGUGAGAAGGGUCACCGGGUACUGUAUAAAGAAGGGUCACGGGUACUGUAUAAAAAAACCUACAACUACAUACAUGUGAGAAGGGUCACCGGGUACUGUAUAAAGAAGGGUCACCGGGUACUGUAUAAAAAACCUACAACUACAUACAUGUGAGAAGGUGACCCUUCUCACAUGUAUGUAGUUGUAGGUUUUUUAUACAGUACCCGAGACCAAUCUUUGAGUUAAUUUGACCAUUGGAAAAAGAGCUACUGCGUGACCUCUCAUUCUCUGUGGCCGACGUGAGUAAGACGUCAUGUUAUCCCUCGCAAGGCUGCUGGCCCAUGCGACAUCCCAAACCGCAUCCUCAGAGCAUGUGCAGACCAGCUGGCUGGAGUGUUUACGGACAUAUUCAAUCUCUCCCUAUCCCAGUCUGUUGUCCCCACUUGCUUCAAGAUGUCCACCAUUGUUCCUGUGCCCAAGAAGUGCUUUGAGAGCCUAGUUAAGGAUCAUAUCACCUCGACCUUAGCCGAAACACUAGACCCAAUACAAUUUGUAUACCGCCCCAACAGAUCCACGGAUGACUCAUCGCACUGCACACUGCCCUAUCCCAUCUGGACUACAGCCCAGCCUUCAACACCAUAGUGCCUUCCAAGCUCAUCACUAAUCUCGGGGGCCUGGGGCUGAACCCCGCCCUGUGCAACUGGGUCCUGGACUUCCUGACAGGACGCCCCCAGGUGGUAAAGGUAGGCAACAACACCUCCGCUACGCUGAUCCUCAAAACGGGGGCCUCAAAAGGGUGCGUGCUCAGCCCUCUCCUGUACUCCCUGUUCACCCAUGACUGCGUAGCCAUGCAUGUCUCCAACUCAAUCAUCAAGUUUGCAAAUGACACAACAGUGGUAGGCCUGAUUUACCAAUGACAAGAGCCCUGGCGGAGUGGUGCCAGGAAAAUAACCUCUCCCUCAACGUCAACAAAACGAAGGAGCGGAUUGUGGACUUCAGGAGAUAGCAGAAACAGGAGGUCCACAUCGACAGGUCCACAGCGGAGAGGGUGAAAAGCUUCAAGUUCCUCAGUGUGCACAUCACUGACAACCUGAAAUGGUGGCAACAGCGCGCCUCUUCAACCUCAGGAGGCUGAAGAAAUUUGGCUUGGCCCCUAAGACCCUCACAAACUUCUACAGAUGCACCAUUGAGAGGAUCCUGUCAGGCUGUAUUACCGCCUGGUAUGGCAAUUGCAACGUCUGUAGCCACAGUGCUCUCCAGAUGGUGGUGCGGUCAGCCCAACGCAUCACCGGGGGCACACUGCCUGCCCUCCAGAACAUCUACAGCACCCGGUGUCAAAGGAAGGCCAAGAAGACCAUCAAGGACCUGAGCCACAGCCUGUUCACUCUGCUACCACCUAGAAGGCAGAGACAGUACAGGUGCAUCAAAGCUGGGACCGAGAGACUGAAAAACUGCUUAUUUCUUCAGGCCAUCAGACUGUUAAAUGGUCCCAACUAGCCUGCUACCACCCAGUACUCUACCCUGCAUCUUAGAGACUGCUGCCCUAUGUACAUAGUCAUUGAACACUGGUGAAUGUUUACAUGCUGUUUUACCCACUUCAUAUGUAUAUACUGUAUUAUAGUGGCUCAUCCUAUUUAACUACUGCUGUACAUACCUUUUCUAUUCAUAUACUGUUGUCGUGAUGUGACUUAAUUUAAUGUAUGAGUGUUAUUAUUCAAAUCACCUAACUUAUGUUUCAUUGUCACUCGAUUAAAUUAAUCAUGUAACAAUUAACUCAUUAGGAAUUUGGGGCACCACGGAAGAAGUUGUUUAACGAGUUACCAUCUCCCGAAUUAAACUCUUAGAAGAUAUGUUGUAUACAGUGGGGGAAAAAAGUAUUUAGUCAGCCAUCAAUUGUGCAAGUUCUCCCACUUAAAAAGAUGAGAGAGGCCUGUAAUUUUCAUCAUAGGUACACGUCAACUAUGACAGACAAAAUGAGGAAAAAAAAUCCAGAAAAUCACAUUGUAGGAUUUUUAAUGAAUUUAUUUGCAAAUUAUGGUGGAAAAUAAGUAUUUGGUCAAUAACAAAAGUUUCUCAAUACUUUUAUAUACCGUUUGUUGGCAAUGAUACAGGUCAAAGUUUUCUGUAAGUCUUCACAAGGUUUUCACACACUGUUGCUGGUAUUUUGGCCCAUUCCUCCAUGCAGAUCUCCUCUAGAGCAGUGAUGUUUUGGGGCUGUCGCUGGGCAACACAGACUUUCAACUCCCUCCAAAGAUUUUCUAUGGGGUUGAGAUCUGGAGACUGGCUAGGCCACUCCAGGACCUUGAAAUGCUUCUUACGAAGCCACUCCUUCGUUGCCCGGGCGGUGUGUUUGGGAUCAUUGUCAUGCUGAAAGACCCAGCCACAUUUCAUCUUCAAUGCCCUUGCUGAUGGAAGGAGGUUUUCACUCAAAAUCACACGAUACAUGGCCCCAUUCAUUCUUUCCUUUACACGGAUCAGUCGUCCUUGUCGCUUUGCAGAAAAACAGCCCCAAAGCAUGAUGUUUCCACCCCCAUACUUCACAGUAGGUAUGGUGUUCUUUGGAUGCAUCUCAGCAUUCUUUGUCCUCCAAACACGACGAGUUUAGUUUUUACCAAAACGUUCUAUUGGACCAUAUGACAUUCUCCCAAUCCUCUUCUGGAUCAUCCAAAUGCACUCUAGCAAACUUCAGACGGGCCUGGACAUGUACUGGCUUAAGCAGGGGGACACGUCUGGCACUGCAGGAUUUGAGUCCCUGGCGGCGUAGUGUGUUACUGAUGGUAGGCUUUGUUACUUUGGUCCCAGCUCUCUGCAGGUCAUUCACUAGGUCCCCCCGUGUGGUUCUGUGAUUUUUGCUCACCGUUCUUGUGAUCAUUUUGACCCCACGGGGUGAGAUCUUGCGUGGAGCCCCAGAUCGAGGGAGAUUAUCAGUGGUCUUGUAUGUCUUCCAUUUCCUAAUAAUUGCUCCCACAGUUGAUUUCUUCAAACCAAGCUGCUUACCUAUUGCAGAUUCAGUCUUCCCAGCCUGGUGCAGGUCUACAAUUUUGUUUCUGGUGUCCUUUGACAGCUCUUUGGUCUUGGCCAUAGUGGAGUUUGGAGUGUGACUGUUUGAGGUUGUGGACAGGUAUCUUUUAUACUGAUAACAAGUUCAAACAGGUGCCAUUAAUACAGGUAACGAGUGGAGGACAGAGGAGCCUCUUAAAGAAGAAGUUACAGGUCUGUGAGAGCCAGAAAUCUUGCUUGUUUGUAGGUGACCAAAUACUUAUUUUCUACCAUCAUUUGCAAAUAAAUUCAAUAAAAAUCCUACAAUGUGAUCUUCUGGAUUUUUUUUCCUCAUUUUGUCUGUCAUAGUUGACGUGUACCUAUGAUGAAAAUGACAGGCCUCUCUCAUAUUUUUAAGUGGGAGAACUUGCACAAUUGGUGGCUGACUAAAUACUUUUUUCCCCCACUGUACCUCUUCAAAGCAGUGGAGGCUCCUCAGAGGAGGAAGGGGAGGACCAUCCUCCUCAAUGAAUUUCAUAAAAAUUGUUACACAUAAAAAGAAGUUAACCUUUUUAGAUAAAACUAUACUAAAUAUAAUCACGUCACCAAAUAACCGAUUUAAAACACACUAUUUUGCAAAGAAGGUCUACAGUAGCCUCAACAGCACUCUGUAGGGUAGCAUCAUGGUGUAGCCGGAGGACAGCUAGCUUCCCUCCUCCUCUGGGUACACUGACUUCAAUACAAAACCUAGGAGGCUCAUGGUUCUCACCCCCUUCAAUAGACUUACACAGUAAUUAUGACAAUUUCUGGAGGAAGCAAACAGAACAAAACCGGGACAAACAUACCUGAAUUUGUCCAAUAGAAACUCUUGUUUACAACUGUUAGACUAAUGAUUACACCCUAUAUCAGCUAGAUGCAGGCAAGAGUGUGCAAGGCGGUAUUAAAUGUCACUGUCUGUCACCUCAAAUUUGUCUCUCGACCUCUGUGCACCUACGUUGAAAACUUUAAUUCACAGGCUAGGUUGUAGCAAGCUCAUGGUGGGUGUAGGGAAAAUUCAAGUAUCAUGUAGUAGCCUAAACCUAUCGCUGUUACAUUGAACUGGGUGAAUGGAAUAUGAAUGAGAGUCAUCCAAUAUGCUGUAAUAGAAAUAAGGCCAUGCGCAUGAAAAAAUAUCAUCCUCCCUCAUCUUAAACGGCACUGACCGCCACUGCUUCAAAGAGUAUCUUAAAUAAAACUCCCCCCAAAAAACCUGCACUUGUCUUUUUCUACUGGCACUGACAUUGCAUAUAACUACUUUAUUGAAGUAAAAUGUACUUACUACGACUGGGAUGUGGUUGUCUCACUUUGCCAUCUUAAGAUGAAUGAACUUAAGUCGCUUUGGAUAAGAGUGUCUGCUAAAUGACUAAAAUGUAAAAAAAAUCUAAUAAUAAAUGUAAUCGCUGCCAAAGGUGCUUCAACAAAGUACUGAGUAAAGGGUCUGAAUACUUAAGUAAAUGUGAUAUUUCAGUUUUUUUAUUUGUAAUACAUUUGCAAAAUGUUGUGUGUUUUGUAUUGUUAGGUAUUACUGCACUGUUGGAGCUAGAAACAAGUAUUUCGCAGCACCUGCGAUAACAUCUGCAAAAUAUGUGUACACGACCAAUAACCUUUUAUUUAAAUUGGGAGGUUAUUGAAGCAUGUUUCCCUCUUCUCACAGCCACUCCUCUACCACCAGCUGCCAGCCGGCCUCCUUUAUGUCUCAGUGUAGUAAGGCCCCAUGGGAACUGUAGUGAACUGGGGUUGAUGCUGUAUCUUUUCUCUGUCUUCAGGAAGGAUGAUAAGGACUACGCCCUCAAGCAGAUUGAAGGCACUGGCAUCUCCAUGUCCGCCUGCAGAGAGAUUGCAGUAAGUGUGUUUAGCUCAAGAGCAGGCUUAACCUGGGUCUGUGAGACAUCCCAUAAUGUGUGUGUGAAUGAAUGUUUCCUCUUCUUCUAGCUACUGCGGGAGCUGAAGCAUCCUAAUGUGAUCUCACUGCAGAAGGUGUUCCUGUCACACGCAGACCGCAAAGUCUGGCUGCUCUUCGACUAUGCCGAGCAUGAUCUUUGGGUAAGACACACAUACUGUAUGUUUCACUAUCCUUGUGGGGACCUACAUUUGAUUUCCAUUCAAUAUCCUAUUUUCCCUAACUUUAACCCCUAAUUCUAAUCCUAAUUGUAAACCUAAACCUCACCCCUAAACCUGAAAUAGCCUUUGUCCUCGUGGGGACCUGGGAAAUGUUUCCACAAGGGAGAAUUUUCCUUGUUUUACUAUCCUUGUGGGAUUUACGGUACCCACGAGGAUAGUAAUACAUACACACAAACAAACUAACGAUGCCCCCUGUAUCCACAGCACAUCAUAAAGUUCCACAGAGCGUCCAAGGCUAAUAAGAAGCCCCUGCAGCUGCCCAGGGGGAUGGUCAAGUCCCUGCUCUACCAGAUCCUGGACGGCAUCCAUUACCUACACGCCAACUGGGUCCUACACAGAGACCUGGUGAGAGACGGAAGAGGGGAGGGAGAGGAGAGAGGGUAUCCAUUUCCUGCACGCCAACUGGGUCCUACACAAAGAUCUAGGGAGUGAGGGAACGAGGUAGAGGAGAAGAAGGGAGGGUGGGAGAGAAGGAGAGGGGGCAUUUCCUGCAUGCAAACUGGGUCCUACAGAGACCUGGUGAGAAACUGAGGAAGGAGAGGGGAGGAGACUGGGUGUCUGUUUCCUGCACGCCACCUGGGUCCUACACAGAGAUCUAGGGAGUGAGGAAGUGGUGGAGAGGAUGAGGGAGGGGAGGAGAGAGCAGAAGGGAGGAGCAGAAGGGAAGGGUGGAGAGAGCAGAAGGGAGGGGAGGAGAGCAGAAGGGAAGGGUGGAGAGAGCAGAAGGGAGGAGGAGGAGAGAGCAGAAGGGAGGAGAGGGGAGGAGAGCAGAAGGGAGGAGGAGGAGAGAGCAGAAUGGAGGAGGAGAAGGGGGUCCUUUCCUCCUGCUCUCCUGGCUGUAAUGAAUGUUCAUUGUUACUCCACCAGAGAGCAGCAUUGAAACUUCCUGAACCAUUCACAUUUGAUUCAGCGUUAUGAUGCCAAACAAAUCUUUAAUUCCUUUCUGUUAAUGUGUUAUCAGUGUGGGUAUUAGGAUAACAGAAGUAAAUAUUUGGAUGACAUUAAAGGGGCAAUCUGCAGUAGCUACAUCAAUUUUGGACUUAUAAAUUAAUGAUAUGUACCCAUUGAUUCUUGAAGAAUUUAACUAAUAAAUGCCUCAAGAGCGUAGUUCAACUGUUGUACCCCAUCAGAACCCAAAAUCUGAGCUUGUUUUACUCCAAUGUUUCUAAACAAAGUAAAUGUAAGCAAACGCUGUAUAGCCGCAAAACAUGGUGAAAUACACAUUUUGAUAUCAUGGGUGGUCAGUCCUUGCAUCCAUAGCUCUGUCUAUGAAUUUGAGAGUUGUUACAUUUCUCCGACCCCAUGCCUCAGAUUUUGAGCAAAACAGUGGCGGGCAGGAAGCAUUGUUAUUCUUUCAACUGCUAAUUGCCGCUUUAACUGUAAUCUGUUUUUCCUCAGAAACCUGCCAACAUCCUAGUGAUGGGGGAGGGGCCAGAGAGGGGUCGAGUAAAGAUCGGUAAGACGAAAUCUCAUCGCGUGUUUUCUCAGCUCUAUGUCACUAUAUAGAAGGUAUAAGGCUUUAUGUCAGUACAUAUAAUGGAUAUAGUUAAUUCACUUCUCAUUACACAUUAUUUGAACAUUAUACUACAUUAUCAUGUUAUUUAUUGAUUUGUGUGUUGUGUUGCUCUACAGCGGAUAUGGGCUUUGCCCGCCUCUUUAACUCACCACUGAAGCCUUUAGCAGAUCUGGACCCUGUGGUGGUCACCUUCUGGUACAGGGCACCAGAGCUGCUGCUGGGGGCCAGGCACUACACCAAAGCCAUCGGUGAGAACAGCCAUGGGGUGCAUGUGUGUGUGUUUGCCCUGUGCACCAAGAGAGAAAGUUCUGAGCUAUCCUACCACCAUCCUAGGACAAAUUCUGCUGUGUGUGUGUGCGUGCAUGUUUGUGCAAGUAUGUUCAAGAGGGUGUCUCUGAGUGGGCGUGUGCUCGAACACAGUGUGACAUCUCUAAUCUUGCCUGUGCAUCUGUCAGACAUCUGGGCGAUUGGCUGCAUCUUUGCCGAGCUGUUGACGUCUGAGCCCAUCUUCCACUGUCGCCAAGAGGACAUCAAGACCAGUAACCCCUACCACCACGACCAGCUGGACCGCAUCUUCAACGUCAUGGGCUUCCCCGCUGGUGAGAGAGCUGGGCUGGGCUUGGCGGCAGGUAGCCUAGCCGUUGGAGGGUUGCCUGUUCGAAUCCAGGGUCUGACGAAAAACAUAUUUUGGGAAGUGAGCUGGCAACCAGGGGGUUGCUGGUAUCAAAUCCUGGGUAUAGAGAGUUCCCCAUGAGGGCUGGGUACUCCCAUAACUUAUCAGGACAUGCCUAUGUGCAUUGAAAUGGGCGCUUGUAUGUGUGAAAUUAUUAAGGAAACUGUAAAUUAAAGAGAAUACUGAAUGACGAGUGUAAUUAAACCAUGACCAGGCACAGUUCUAUUCUGUCCGGGCUUGUAUGAGCCCAAAGCAAUCUGUCGGUUCUGUACAAGCACUCGCUGACAGUCUUUUGACGUAAUCCUCAGAAAAGGACUGGGAAGACAUCAAGAAGAUGCCAGAGCACUCCACUCUGAUGAAAGACUUCAGAAGGAACACGUGAGUGGCUUUCUCUCUACGUGCGUGCCUGACUGCCUGCAUGCUUCCUGCCAGCUCUGGACAAGAUCAAUUUUAGGAUUUUAAGAUUGGAUAUGUCCUCUACUUAUCCACUGAAAUAACACUUUUUUGUAUCACAGGUAUACAAACUGAAAUAACACCUUCUUGUAUCACAGGUAUACAAACUGCAGCCUAAUAAAAUACAUGGAGAAACACAAAGUGAAACCGGACAGCAAAGCAUUCCACUUGGUGAGUUAAAAUUUGUUUUCUCAGUCUAACGUUGCCUUGAGAUUGUUGUUACAUACUGUAGCAUUGUUCAGUCUGACGUUGUAUGAACGUUCCCUGUGUUUUACUCAUGAUGUGUCUAACGUUGUGUUUAGCUCCAGAAGCUGCUGACCAUGGACCCGAUCCGCAGGAUCACGUCUGAGCAGGCCAUGCAGGACCCUUACUUCCUGGAGGAACCACUGCCCACCUCCGAGUGAGUCAAGACCCUAAUAAAACAUAUAACACAUUUAUUACUACAUUAUAACACAUUUACUACAUGUAUUACAACAUUUUAACACUUAUUACAACGUUUUAACACUUAUUACUACAUGUAUUACAACAUUAACAUUUAUUACUACAUGUAUUACCACAUUUAUUACUACAUGUAUUACAACAUACAUUUAUUAUUAGAUUUUUUAAAACAUUUUAGUCAUUUAGCAGACACUCUUAUCCAAAGCGACUUAAGUUCAUUCAUCUUAAGAUGGCGAAGUGAGACAACCACAUCCCAGUCGUAGUAAGUACAUUUUACUUCAAUAAAGUAGUUAUAUGCAAUGUCAGUGCCAGUAGAAAAAGACAAGUGCAGGUUUUUUGGGGGGAGUUUUAUUUAAGAUACUCUUUGAAGCAGUGGCGGUCAGUGCCGUUUAAGAUGAGGGAGGAUGAUAUUUUUUCAUGCGCAUGGCCUUAUUUCUAUUACAGCAUAUUGGAUGACUCUCAUUCAUAUUCCAUUCACCCAGUUCAAUGUAACAGCGAUAGGUUUAGGCUACUACAUGAUACUUGAAUUUUCCCUACACCCACCAUGAGCUUGCUACAACCUAGCCUGUGAAUUAAAGUUUUCAACGUAGGUGCACAGAGGUCGAGAGACAAAUUUGAGGUGACAGACAGUGACAUUUAAUACCGCCUUGCACACUCUUGCCUGCAUCUAGCUGAUAUAGGGUGUAAUCAUUAGUCUAACAGUUGUAAACAAGAGUUUCUAUUGGACAAAUUCAGGUAUGUUUGUCCCGGUUUUGUUCCGUUUGCUUCCUCCAGAAGUUGUCAUAAUUACUGUGUAAGUCUAUUGAAGGGGGUGAGAACCAUGAGCCUCCUAGGUUUUGUAUUGAAGUCAGUGUACCCAGAGGAGGACGGAAGCUAGCUGUCCUACGGCUACACCAUGAUGCUACCCUACAGAGUGCUGUUGAGGCUACUGUAGACCUUCUUUGCAAAAUAGUGUGUUUUAAUCAGUUAUUUGGUGACGUGAUUAUAUUUAGUAUAGUUUUAUCUAAAAAGGUUAACUUCUUUUUAUGUGUAACAAUUUUUAUGAAAUUCAUUGAGGAGGAUGGUCCUCCCCUUCCUCCUCUGAGGAGCCUCCACUGCUUUGAAGAGGUAGGGUUUGAAACAUUUUUGGAAGAUGGGCAGGGACUCCGCUGUCCUGACGUUAAGGGGAAGCUGGUUCCACCAUUGGGUGCCAGGACAGAAAAUAGCUUUUACUGGGCUGAGCGGGAGCUGACCCCCGGUAGGGGUGGGAUGGCCAAGAGACCAGAGGUGGCAGAACGGAGUACCACAUGUAUUACUACAUGUCUGGGGUUAUGUGGGGGUAUAUCCUGUAAGAUAAGUGAUUGAUAAUUCUUUGUAUUUCUCACUCAGUGUGUUUGCAGGCUGCCAGAUCCCCUACCCCAAGAGGGAGUUCCUGACAGAGGAGGAGCCAGAGGACAAGGCAGAGAAAGUCAGAAAUGUGAGUGCCUCAUACCUUUUACAUUUGGGUCUGGGAUAGUGUGAUUUAAAAUAUAUAUAUAUUUGAUUUGUUUAACACAUUUUUGGUUACUACAUGAUUCCAUAUGUGUUAUUUCAUAGUUUUGAUGUCUUCACUAUUAUUCUACAAUGUAAAAAAUUGUCAAAAUAAAGAAAAACCCUUGAAUGUGUGUCCAAACUUUUGACUGGUUCUGUAUAUACACACCUACCCAGUCAAAAGUAUGGACACAACUACUCAAUCAAGGGUUUUGCUAUUUUUUACAUUGUAGAAUAAUAGUGAAGACAUCAAAACUAUGAAAUAACACAUGGAAUCAUGUAGUAACCAAAAAAGUGUUAAACAAAUCAAAAUAUAUUUGAGAUUCUUCAAAGUAGCCACCCUUUGCCUUGAUGACAGCUUUGCACACUCUUGGCAUUCUCUCAACCAGCUUCAUGAGGAAUGCUUUUCCAACAGUCUUGAAGGAGUUCCCACAUAUGCUGAGCACUUGUUGGCUGCUUUUCCUUCACUCUGCGGUCCAACUCAUGCCAAACCAUCUCAAUUGUGUUGAGGUCGGGUGAUUGUGGAGGCCAGGUCAUCUGAUGCAGCACUCCAUCACUCUCCUUCUUGGUCAAAUAGCGCUUACACAGCCUGGAGGUGUGUUUUGGGUCAUUGUCCUGUUGAAAAACAAAUGAUAGUCCGACUAAGCACAAACCAGAUGGGUGGCGUAUCGCUGCAGAAUGCUGUGGUAGCCAUGCUGGUUAAGUGUGCCUUGAAUUCUAAAUAAAUCACUGACAGUGUCACCAGCAAAGCACCAUCACACCUCCUCCUCCAUGCUUCACGGUGGGAACCACACAUGCGGAGAUCAUCCGUUAACCUACUCUGCGUCUCACUAAGACAAGGCGGUUGGAACCAAAAAUCUCAAAUUUGGACUCAUCAGACCAAAGGACAGAUUUCCACUGGUCUAAUGUCCAUUGCUCGUGUUUCUUGGCCCGAGCAAGUCUCUUCUUCUUAUUGGUGUCCUUUUGGUAGUGGUUUUCUUUGCAGCAAUUCGACCAUGAAGGCCUGAUUCACGCAGUCUCCUCUGAACAGUUGAGAUGUGUCUGUUACUUGAACUCUGUGAAGCAUUAUUUGGGCUGCAAUUUCUGAGACUGGUAACUCUAAUGAUCGUAUCCUCUACAGCAGAGGUAACUCUGGGUCUUCCAUUCCUGUGGCGGUCCUCAUGAGAGCCAGUUUUAUCAUAGCGCUUGAUGGUUUUUGCAACUGCACUUGAAGAAACUUUCAAAGUUCUUGACAUUUUCCGGAUUGACUGACCUUCAUGUCUUAAAGUAAUGAUGGACUGUCGUUUCUCUUUGCUUAUUUGAGCUGUUCUUGCCAUAAUAUGGACAUCUUCUGUAUACCACCCCUACCUUGUCACAACACAACUGAUUGGCUCAAACGCAUUAAGAAGGAAAGAGAUUCUUUAAAUUAACUUUUAACAAGGCACACCUGUUAAUUGAAAUGCAUUCCAGGUGACUACCUCAUGAAGCUGGUUGAGAGAAUGCCAAGAGUGUGCAAAGCUGUCAACAAGGCAAAGGGUGGCUACUUUGAAGAAUCUCAAAUAUAAAAUAUAUUUUGAUUUGUUUAACACUUUUUUGGUUACUACAUGAUUCCAUAUGUGUUAUUUCAUAGCUUUGAUGUCUUCACUAUUAUUCUACAAUGUAGAAAAUAGUAAAAAUCAAGAAAAACCCUUGAAUGAGUAGGUGUGUCCAAACAUUUGACUGGUGUACUGUGUGGUAUUGGCCCUCCUGUAGCUCAGUUGGUAGAGCAUGGCGCUUGCAACGCCAGGGUUGUGGGUUCGAUUCCCGCGGGGGACCAGUAUGAAAAUGUAUGCACUCACUAACUGUAAGUCGUUCUGGAUAAGAGCGUCUGCUAAAUGACUCAAAUGUAUGUAUAUGUGUGUAUGUAUAUGUGUGUGUGUGUGUGUGUGUGUAUAUACAGUGGGGAGAACAAGUAUUUGAUACACUGCCGAUUUUUCAGGUUUUCCUACUUACAAAGCAUGUAGAGGUCUGUAAAAAAAAAAAUUCAUGCAAAAAUCCUGAAAAUCACAUUGUAUGAUUUUUAAGUAAUUCAUUAGCAUUUUAUUGCAUGACAUAAGUAUUUGAUACAUCAGAAAAGCAGAACUUAAUAUUUGGUACAGAAACCUUUGUUUGCAAUUACAGAGAUCAUACGUUUCCUGUAGGUCUUGACCAGGUUUGCACACACUGCAGCAGGGAUUUUGGCCCACUCCUCCAUACAGACCUUCUCCAGAUCCUUCAGGUUUCGGGGCUGUCGCUGGGCAAUACGGACUUUCAGCUCCCUCCAAAGAUUUUCUAUUCGGUUCAGGUCUGGAGACUGGCCUUGAGAUGCUUCUUACGGAGCCACUCCUUAGUUGCCCUGGCUGUGUGUUUCGGGUCGUUGUCAUGCUGGAAGACCCAGCCACGACCCAUCUUCAAUGCUCUUACUGAGGGAAGGAGGUUGUUGGCCAAGAUCUCGCGAUACAUGGCCCCAUCCAUCCUCCCCUCAAUACGGUGCAGUCGUCCUGACCCCUUUGCAGAAAAGCAUCCCCAAAGAAUGAUGUUUCCACAUCCAUGCUUCAUCCUUCUUCUUCCUCCAAACACAGCGAGUGGAGUUUAGACCAAAAAGCUCUAUUUUUGUCAGACCACAUGACCUUCUCCCAUUCCUCCUCUGGAUCAUCCAGAUGGUCAUUGGCAAACUUCAGACGGGCCUGGACAUGCGCUGGCUUGAGCAGGGGGACCUUGCGUGCACUGCAGGAUUUUAAUCCAUGACGGCGUAGUGUGUUACUAAUGCUUUUCUUUGAGACUGUGGUCCCAGCUCUCUUCAGGUCAUUGACCAGGUCCUGCCGUGUAGUUCUGGGCUGAUCCCUCACCUUCCUCAUGAUCAUUGAUGCCCCACGAGGUGAGAUCUUGCAUGGAGCCCCAGACCGAGGGCGAUUGACCGUCAUCUUGAACUUCUUCCAUUUUCUAAUAAUUGCGCCAACAGUGGUUGCCUUCUCACCAAGCUGCUUGCCUAUUGUCCUGUAGCCCAUCCCAGCCUUGUACAGGGCUACAAUUUUAUCCCUGAAGUCCUUACACAGCUCUCUGGUCUUGGCCAUUGUGGAGAGGUUGGAGUCUGUUUGAUUGAGUGUGUGGACAGGAGUCUUUUAUACAGGUAAUGAGUUCAAACAGGUGCACUUAAUACAGGUAAUGAGUGGAGAACAGGAGGGCUUCUUAAAGAAAAACGAACAGGUCUGUGAGAGCUGGAAUUCUUACUGGUUGGUAGGUGAUCAAAUACUUAUGUCAUGCAAUAACAUGCAAAUUAAUUACUUAAAAAUCAUACAAUGUGAUUUUCUGGAUUUUUGUUUUAGAUUCCGUCUCUCACAGUUGAAGUGUACCUAUGAUAAAAUUUUACAGACCUCUACAUGCUUUGUAAGUAGGAAAACCUGCAAAAUCGUCUGUGUAUCAAAUACUUGUUCUCCCCACUGUAUGUAUGUAUAUAUAUAUAUAUACUGUGGGGAAAAAAAGUAUUUAGUCAGCCACCAAUUGUGCAAGUUCUCCCACUUAAAAAGAUGAGAGAGGCCUGUAAAUUUCAUCAUAGGUACACGUCAACUAUGACAGACAAAUUUAGAUUUUUUUUCUCCAGAAAAUCACAUUGUAGGAUUUUUAAUGAAUUUAUUUGCAAAUUAUGGUGGAAAAUAAGUAUUUGGUCACCUACAAACAAGCAAGAUUUCUGGCUCUCACAGACCUGUAACUUCUUCUUUAAGAGGCUCCUCUGUCCUCCACUCGUUACCUGUAUUAAUGGCACCUGUUUGAACUUGUUAUCAGUAUAAAAGACACCUGUCCACAACCUCAAACAGUCACACUCCAAACUCCACUAUGGCCAAGACCAAAGAGCUGUCAAAGGACACCAGAAACAAAAUUGUAGACCUGCACCAGGAUGGGAAGACUGAAUAUGCAAUUGGUAAGCAGCUUGGUUUUAAGAAAUCAACUGUGGGAGCAAUUAUUAGGCAAUGGAAGACAUACAAGACCACUGAUAAUCUCCCUCGAUCUGGGGCUCCACGCAAGAUCUCACCCCGUGGGGUCAAAAUGAUCACAAGAACGGUGAGCAAAAAUCCCAGAACCACACGGGGGGACCUAGUGAAUGACCUGCAGAGAGCUGGGACCAAAGUAACAAAGCCUACCAUCAGUAACACACUACACCGCCAGGGACUCAAAUCCUGCAGUGCUAGACGUGUCCCCCUGCUUAAGCCAGUACAUGUCCAGGCCCGUCUGAAGUUUGCUAGAGUGCAUUUGGAUGAUCCAGAAGAGGAUUGGGAGAAUGUCAUAUGGUCAGAUGAAACCAAAAUAUAACUUUUUGGUAAAAACUCAACUCGUCGUGUUUGGAGGACAAAGAAUGCUGAGUUGCAUCCAAAGAACACCAUACCUACUGUGAAGCAUGGGGGUGGAAACAUCAUGCUUUGUGGCUGUUUUUCUGCAAAGGGACCAGGACGACUGAUCCGUGUAAAGGAAAGAAUGAAUGGGGCCAUGUAUCGUGAGAUUUUGAGUGAAAACCUCCUUCCAUCAGCAAGGGCAUUGAAGAUGAAACGUGGCUGGGUCUUUCAGCAUGACAAUGAUCCCAAACACACCGCCCGGGCAACGAAGGAGUGGCUUCGUAAGAAGCAUUUCAAGGUCCUGGAGUGGCCUAGCCAGUCUCCAGAUCUCAACCCCAUAGAAAAUCUUUGGAGGGAGUUGAAAGUCUGUGUUGCCCAGUGACAGCCCCAAAACAUCACUGCUCUAGAGGAGAUCUGCAUGGAGGAAUGGGCCAAAAUACCAGCAACAGUGUGUGAAAACCUUGUGAAGACUUACAGAAAACGUUUGACCUGUGUCAUUGCCAACAAAGGGUAUAUAACAAAGUAUUGAGAAACUUUUGUUAUUGACCAAAUACUUAUUUUCCACCAUAAUUUGCAAAUAAAUUCAUAAAAAAUCCUACAAUGUGAUUUUCUGGAUUUUUUUUCCUCAUUUUGUCUGUCAUAGUUGACGUGUACCUAUGAUGAAAAUGACAGGCCUCUCUCAUCUUUUUAAGUGGGAGAACUUGCACAAUUGGUGGCUGACUAAAUACUUUUUUCCCCCACUGUAUAUAUACACUGCUCAAAAAAAUAAAGGGAACACUAAAAUAACACAUCCUAGAUCUGAAUGAAUGAAAUAAUCUUAUUAAAUACUUUUAUCUUUACAUAGUUGAAUGUGCUGACAACAAAAUCACACACAAAAUAUCAAUGGAAAUCAAAUUUAUCAACCCAUGGAGGUCUGGAUUUGGAGUCACCCUCAAAAUUAAAGUGGAAAACCACACUACAGGCUGAUCCAACUUAUAUGUAAUGUCCUUAAAACAAGUCAAAAUGAGGCUCAGUCGUGUGUGUGGCCUCCACGUGCCUGUAUGACCUCCCUACAACGCCUGGGCAUGCUCCUGAUGAGGUGGCGGAUGGUCUCCUGAGGGAUCUCCUCCCAGACCUGGACUAAAGCAUCCGCCAACUCCUGGACAGUCUGUGGUGCAACGUGGCGUUGGUGGAUGGAGCGAGACAUGAUGUCCCAGAUGUGCUCAAUUGGAUUCAGGUCUGGGGAAUGGGCGGGCCAGUCCAUAGCAUCAAUGCCUUCCUCUUGCAGGAACUGCUGACACACUCCAGCCACAUGAAGUCUAGCAUUGUCUUGCAUUAGGAGGAACCCAGGGCCAACCGCACCAGCAUAUGGUCUCACAAGGGGUCUGAGGAUCUCAUCUCGUUACCUAAUGGCAGUCAGGCUACCUCUGGCGAGCACAUGGAGGGCUGUGCGGCCCCCCAAAGAAAUGCCACCCCACACCAUGACUGACCCACCGCCAAACCGGUCAUGCUGGAGGAUGUUGCAGGCAGCAGAAUGUUCUCCACAGCGUCUCCAGACUCUGUCACGUCUGUCACGUGCUCAGUGUGAACCUGCUUUCAUCUGUGAAGGGCACAGUGCGCCAGUGGCGAAUUUGCCAAUCUUGGUGUUCUCUGGCAAAUGCCAAACGUCCUGCACGGUGUUGGGCUGUAAGCACAACCCCCACCUGUGGACGUCGGGCCCUCAUACCACCCUCAUGGAGUCUGUUUCUGACCGUUUGAGCAGACACAUGCACAUUUGUGGCCUGCUGGAGGUCAUUUUGCAGGACUCUGGCAGUGCUCCCCCUGCUCCUCCUUGCACAAAGGCGGAGGUAGCGGUCCUGCUGCUGGGUUGUUGCCCUCCUACGGCCUCCUCCACGUCUCCUGAUGUACUGGCCUGUCUCCUGGUGGCGCCUCCAUGCUCUGGACACUACGCUGACAGACACAGCAAACCUUCUUCCCACAGCUCGCAUUGAUGUGCCAUCCUGGAUGAGCUGCACUACCUGAGCCACUUGUGUGGGUUGUAGACUCCGUCUCAUGCUACCACUAGAGUGAAAGCACCGCCAGCAUUCAAAAGUGACCAAAACAUCAGCCAGGAAGCAUAGGAACUGAGAAGUGGUCUGUGGUCACCAACUGCAAAACCAGUCCUUUAUUGGGGGUGUCUUGCUAAUUGCCUAUAAUUUCCACCUGUUGUCUAUUCCAUUUGCACAACAGCAUGUGAAAUGUAUUGUCAAUCAGUUUUGCUUCCUAAGUGGACAGUUUGAUUUCACAGAAGUGUGAUUGACUUGGAGUUACAUUGUGUUAUUUAAGUGUUCCCUUUAUUUUUUUGAGCAGUGUAUAUAUAUAUGAUUACAUUUAAGUGUGUGUUUUUAGUGAACUAUAGAUGAAAAGUAUAAAGUCAAUUCUUUUUUUCCUGUGAUUUGUAUCAUAUGUACACAAGACCUUCUAAUCAGCAGGUUUGUGAUGGGCGGGAGUUUCAGCUUUCCAUGGUGACAUCACUGUGGUAAAUUGGUUAAUGGACCAAUAACAAAGAGGGUUCCAAACCUCUCUGCCAAUAACAGCUUGUUUGUCAGUUUUCCCAUCCCCACUCAGACCACUCCUAUGACAGUCCUAGCAAAUUUCUUGCUUGAGAAGUAGUUUUUUUGUUAAAAAGCUAUUUUUCCGCCAUUUUAAUGAAAAUGUAUUACAGUUAGGUACAUAAUUGUUAUCCAGAAAUUAUUUGGUAUUGAUAUAAAAACGGCUGCAUUGGGCCUUUUAAGGGAAACAUUUGAGUGUAUUUCCAGUGUGUGUUAGUGUAUGGUGAUCCGUUGAUGAAGGCUUGGGUGGGUGUUGUUUAAUUUUCCAGAAGAACCAGCAGCAGCAGGGGAACAACCACACCAACGGGGCGGGGCACACCGGUAACCCUGACAAUAGCCAUGCCCAGGGCCCGCCCCUAAAGAAGGUGCGAGUGGUCCCACCCGUCACUACCUCAAGUGGCCUCAUGACCUCAGACUACCAGGUAUGGUACACACACGCAAUACCAUAUACAGCAUGAUUUUGCAGAUUUCUGGGUUAUCCCACCAAAUCAUACCAAAUUGUAAAAACCUAAAUUGUAAAUGUAGAGUCUGAUUAGUUACCUUAUUUAUCUCUCAGCGCUCCAAUCCACAUGCUGCCUACCAGAACCCCGGACCAAGCACAUCACUGCCCCAAAGCAGCAUCGGAUACUCCUCUACCUCCCAGCAGCCCCCGCAGUACUCACACCAGACCCACCGCUACUGACCCCUGACCUCUACCCACCCCUCGCCAUGCCCGCUAGGGAGAAUGUACUGAGGGAAGUGGGUGUGUCCAUGGCAACAGCCCCCCCUCCUCGCCCCACCGGUCCACCCUCACUGCAGCAGUCCAUUAAUUAGCCCAGUAUGAAAUAUAAUAUUCUGAAAAGAACAUGACAUAACGCAACAACAUUAGCCAUGACAGAACAUGACUUCAGUUCAACCAUGAGCCACACAUGGAGACUAAACCUCCAAACUAGAGGAAGAUGGAGAAGGAAGAACAGAUGCUGUCAGUUUGUUGGUUCCCUCGUUCGUUCCUCUGUGGUUCAAGUCAUCGUUGCUGCAAGUUUGUGACCAUUACAAAGUUAACCUUCAGAACUGGUACUUAACUACAGCCACAAGACAAACAAACAGAAGAUGGACCUGGGGCUCCCCUCUCCCUUCACCCUUCUCUCCUUACCGCACCACCUCCACCAAAGCUCACCCCCUUUCCAGACGGAUUCCCCUCUUCCUGUUGAAGCUUCGAUGAGACUAAAGCUGCUAUGUGACUGCCAGCAUUGACAGAGUAUCUGUCUGUCCUGUCUCUGUCUGUUUGUCUUCCUGUCUUCCUGUCUGUCCUCUUGUCUGUCUGUGUCUGUCUGCCCUUCCAUGGGCAUCUUCGUUGGGGACCGAAUUGAGCUGCUGACAGGAGCAUUCUGGGAGUUAGUGGGGCCCGCCCAUAGCUCUGGUUGAGGGCUUUAUUGAGAAAAAAAAUUAACAAAAACAAAGGAAGAAAAAAAAGAUUUUACGAGUUUAUAAUUUAAUCCAUUUUGUUUUCACUAACUGUAUAAAAAUAAAAAGUGGUGAAGCAGCUUCUGUUGUGCUGAGAGAGAGCUGCCGUUUUUAUCGAUGUGGGCAAAGCCUUACAACUCCAUGAUGACAAACCAACAAAUUGUGUGGAGGAUGGCAAAUGGAACAUGCAUUUU